AUGAUUGAUGUUCUUUCUUCAGUUGUGGAUGUUAAUCGACGAUUUCGUCGAUUAGUCCUUGAUUCUAUUUAUAUUCGUGAUCUCGAUAUGACUUCUACCAUUAGUAUCAAUUCACUUAAAACUUCUUCAACAGAUACUCAAGUUAUUUCGAGAAUUUGUUCGAAUAUCUUACCUCAAAUUCAUUCACAAGUACAUAAACUCACUGUUGAAGAAGAUUCAAUGAAACAAAUUCUUCAUGCUGCCAAUUAUCCUCAACUUUAUUCAUUAUCACUUGUAAAUUUUCACGAAAUAACACUUCAUGAAUAUUCAACAGGUGAUUUAAUUCUUCGUGAUCUUUUGACCAAACAAAUAACUCAUUUGAAUAUUGAUAUUAUAAAACCAGUUGAACUAUGCUCGGAAAUUGUUUCAAAUAUGUUUGGAUUAAUCUUAUCUUUAUGUAAAAAAUUAAUUGCGUUGAAUUUUUGUGAUAUAUUUCCUAUACGGGAGUGUCAGAGUCUUAUUUUCAAUGUUAUAUCGAAGAUUUCUGUACCUUCAACUUUAAUGAAAUUGAAAAUUAAUGUUGUGAGUUUAAUUGAUUGUCUUUGUAUACUUGAUGGACCUUUUGUUUGUUUAUCAACAUUAAUUAUUAAUAUUGGACAAAUUUUUAAUCUAUGUCCACCUAUUGAUCCAACAAAAAAACUUCUCCAAUUGAAAUGUCUUUCAUUCACCGUAAAUCAUAUAACAUUUGAAUAUGAUGAAUUACUUGUUCCAUUAUUUUGUCGAAUGAUAAAUCUUGAAGAAUUGAAAUUAUAUCUAUUAGUUGGAAGAUUUAAUUCAACUUAUAUUGAUGGUAUUCAAUUAUAUAAUCAAUUUCUUAUUUAUAUGACACAAUUAAAAAAAUUUACAUUUAAUAUCGAGACCGAUGUCUACUACACGAAUGUUAAAAUUGAACUUCCAUCGAAUGAAGAUAUUCAACGUAGUUUUAUUGGAAGAGGUUAUCAAAAAGUAGCUUCAUAUGUUAAUACUGAUUUAUGUUCUAGACAUGGCGAAUGCCAUAUCUAUUCACUUCCGUAUGACUUCGAAUUUUGUGUUUAUUCCAAUAAUUCUUUUCAACGUGGCAUGUUUCAUAAAGUUCGAAAAUUGAAGAUGAAUAAUAGAAUUGCAUUUGAACAUAAAUUAUUUAAAUUCAUCUCUCAUGAGUUUCCUUUUCUCGAAUUCUUAUAUAUAUUUAAUGAUAAACCACAAGAAGACAAACAAUAUUCAUCAACAUUAAUUACAUUUCCUUAUCUCACAUUUCUUGACUUAGAAAAGGCACAUGUUGACUAUGCUAAACUAUUUCUUUUGGAAAAAAAUAUGCAUCUACCUCGUUUGGUAAAUCUUUCCAUAAACUACAAAUCACUCACAACAAUAACAAACAAUUUUACCAAUGAUCCAACACUUUUUAAUUUUGGUAAAUUGACAAAUCUUGUGUGUCAAAAAUUUGUUUCUCCAAAAAAUUUUCAUAAAUAUUUUCCUUUAUUAUAA